AUGUCUGUUGAAAAGCAAUCCUUCGCUGAUAACAAGCGUUCUGUCAGGGGCCAUGAUUUCACAUGGACCGAGAACCAUUUGACUGCAGAGCAGCUCAUGCCGUUGAGACAGCAAGCUGAUGACCUUGGACUAGCUGUUGUCGAGAAACUGCUGGCUAUUGUAGCUGCUCGCAAAGAAGCCGGGGAGAAGAGGCCCGACCUGUACACAGUCCUGAAGGAAAACUAUGCCAAUGAUAGCACUUUGACCGAGUUCUGGGAGGAAACCCAUGCUGUCCCUGACUGGGUGGACUGGGAAGAGAUUGAAAGAGGCCAAGCCUUCCUCUACCGAUACCUGGCACCGAACAUCACUGGUAUCGUGCUUCAGGGCUGCCUAGGAGAAAAUGCCUCCACAGCAGGAACUGCAGAGGUCUUCAUCAGAACUGGAGGCUUUAACGUCCCUGUUUUGCCCAAGCGAUUCCUUGAAACCUUCCAGUGGCAGAUCCAGGCCACUCAGUCCCUGGAGUCACUUCAGCCCGGUGGCGAAGGCCAUAUCUCCACCAUUCGCGUCAGACUCUUGCACGCAAUGGUGCGCCAUCGUAUUCUGAAAAUCGUGGACCAAAACCCGGAGUACUACGAUUUCGAAAAAUACGGCACACCCAUCAACCAGCUGGAUUCUAUGCACGCUAUUUGCGUCUUCUGUGUCAACACACCGUUUGUUCAAUUGCCCAAGUUGGGAAUCAACCCCGAUCCACAAAUGAUUAAGGAAUACAUCGCUGUAUACCGUUAUAUCGCCUAUGUCCUGGGCACCCCAACAGAGUACUUUUCGACUGUCGAGCAGUCCAAGGCUACCAUGGAAAGCAUCAUGCUGAGUGAACCUGGCCCCACGGAUUCUUCCACAGUGCUUACCUCGAACUUCAUCGAGAUGAUUCGCGAUUUCUCGGGCGUCAACAUCUCUAAAUCGCUGAUUGAAACCGGUGUUCGCAAGAUAAAUAAUGAUGAGAUGGCUGAUCAGCUGGGUCUUUCCAAACCCGGUUACUUCUACCAGGCCCUUUUCCGAGGAUACUGUGGCAUUCUCGUCUUUGUUUAUCGACUGCAACGCUUGCUUCCAUUUGUUGAUAGAUUUUUGACUAACAUGUCAAAACAAUUCCUCGUAGAAACAGUUAUGGGAUCUGCCAUGCUCAAGGGAGGCUCCAAGUAUGAAUUCAAACACGUCCCUAGUCUGAAGAAACGCACAACCUUCCAGUACCGACCAAUUGGAGGUGCUGGCAUGUUCAGACCCGUGGAGACUCUCAGCUGCAUUGCAUUCCUCAUCCAGGUUCUCCUUUACGCAGCCCCUAUUUUUGUGGCGGGCAAGGUUUUGAGUGGGUACAUUCAGCCAGUGCAUGUAUAA